UUGAGAGUCAGAACUUUCAGCUCAGACUCCUCCCUCUGAACUUUGAAAUGUUUCUGUCAGAUUUCUCUGAACAGUUGCAGUCGUCCUCCUCCCCUGGAACAAACACAGCAAGAAACAUGUAUCCUGUCUGGAUCCUGUGGCUGUUCCUUCUAUCAGGAGGAAGAGCAUUCAUGAUCUACAGCAGCGAGCACAGUCUGUGUCUGCAGGAUUCAGGCACGAGGGAAGUCCAGCUGGAGAGGUGCAGCCUGGACUCAGAGGCUCAGCAGUGGUUGUGGAUCAACCAGAGCAUGCUGAUGUCUGCAGCCACGUCCAGAUGUUUGUACACUCAGUGGAGUGAUCGAGUGCAGAUGCAGUCCUGUCACGGACUUGAUCCUGCUGGGUUAGAGUGGGACUGUUACAAAGGCAGACUCAUUAGUAGAAAAACAUCCCUGCUGCUGACUGCCAGCGGCCAGCAGGUGAUCCUCUCACAGGAGGGCAAACUCUCAAUGUGGAAAUCUUUGGAUGAGGAGGACUUCUGUGAGGAAAGACUCAGACUCAGGAGGGCGUCAGGUGACCUGUUGGACUAUGAGGAGGAUGUGGAGGAGGUGAUAGACAAGAAGAAGGCUAUGACUGAGGAGCAGAGACAAUUUCUUCGCUGGUUUUACCGUAAAGAGGAUUCUACAGCAUGGAAAUUUGUGCUGCUGGGACUUUCCUUCAUCUGCCUUCUGUUUGGAUUCCUGCUGCUGGGAAUGGGGGCCAUGGCUAACAAGAGCCGAAAAAAGAUAGCAAAAUACAAAGCAGCAGCCCUUAAGCAGAAAGAUGAAGAGCUGCAAGUCAGUUCAGGGAUCAGCGACAAUGGAAAGCCAUCACAUGGCGGACUGCCACACCCCUCCACAUCCAUCUUGGAGGAUGAGCAGCUCAAAGCAGGGGGCAUUGUAGUGAAAUGGAAGGAUGGCAACACUUCUUGCCUCUACUCUGAUCCCAUGGAGGAGGAGAAACAGGAGAAGGAGCAAACAGAAAUUCCCGAACUGGAAGAGGCGGGAGAUGAUGAAGUGAAAAUAGAAUGAAUCAAAAACACAGAGAGAUGACAAAGCUCCACAUUAUUAGAUUAGAAAUGGUUUCUUUCAAGCAAUCAAGAAAAAGUAAUUCAUGUGCAGUACAAUCAACCAUCAGAAGUUUACAUCCAUAAAGACACGUCAAGCACAGGAUAACUAGACAUUAAGAGAUUGCCUGAAAGGGAGUGGGAAGAAGCGAAUUUAUAUAACCCUACCCCGACUCAUCCUUAACAUUUCCUUCACGUUUAUUAUCAUUAUCCUGUUCGUAACUUAAGAUCAGAUAUUUAUAUCUUUCCAACAGAGAUUCAGGUUAUAAAUCCUCAAGUAACAAUAAAUCACAUGACUAGGUAUGUAGAUAUAACGCUAUUUCAGACUUUGUCAUUGCAUACGUAGAUCUAUGACCAAAAUUCAGACAAUUGGUUGUUUUUCAUUGGAAAAAAAUAAUUAGAAAUCAAGUAUCAAACAUUAACAAAAAUGUAUACGUAUGCAGAUUAUUUUCCAGUGGAAGCCAUUAAUGUAAAGCAAGUAUAAGAAUAUAUGUUGAUUUUUGUUUUUCAAUAGAAAAAUCAUUAAAAUAUAACAAACACACAUGAAAAUAUGUAGAGAUUAUUUUCAUUAGAAACGUCAUUAACGUUGACCAAUUAAAACGUGAGCUUAUAUGAUUGUGACGAAGAGGCUGAGGCGUUUGGAUCCAUAUGCUGCAUGGUAUAGUGAGAACGAAGAGUAUAGAAGUGUUUGUGACUCAAUUCAAAGUAAAAAGUCAAUACUAGAAAUGCUUUUUCAUUUUCACAAUGUACCUGCUUUACUUGUCUCUUAAAUAAGGUUGGGCACUGAUUGGGUUUUGUGCGGUGCCGAAGUGGUUCUUUGGUUUCGGUUCCUAAUCGAUGCCAAUUGCGGUACUUCAGUAAUAAAAAUAAUGCCUGCAUAUUCCAAAAUCAACACAUUUUUAUUCCCAAAUCAUGCUCAUGGUUAAGACCUAAAAUAAACAUUUUGGGUGUUGUUUUUUGACAUGCUGGCUGCUCCCAUUAAACCAGAGCUCCACAUCCUUCAAGCCGCAAACCGGUGGCUCGCCACUCCUUCACCGUGCAGUUACAUGUGAAAAUGAAAAAGCCUUUCCAGUAUCGACUUUAUUUGGAAUUUUAAGUCAAACGCUUCCAUAGUAGAGCUGGUGAACACAAGACAAGGCGUAGUCAGGAAUAGUGAUCUGUACUGAGGCGUGUGUCGAGGAGUGGCGGAGGAGCUUCCGCGAAGCGCGUAUCGAGGCUUGCUUCAUCUAGGGGAGGGGUCAAGAAUGAUGACAUCCGAAGCUUCGCUGCCUAUCUGUACCACGUGAAUGAUUCAUGAAGUGGUUCAGGUUGAGUCGUGAGUCUCAACAGCGGCAUGAAUCCCGCGCGCUCCAGUCAUAAUAGAGCUGUUUGGUGGAGAGUUAUGGUCGGUGAGUUUGAAGAUAGUUUGGACAAAGGCUGGAGAUUUAGAGAAAUGAUAAUAAAAUUAAUAUUAAUGAAACACAAAUGCUGUCCCUUAAACACAGUGGUCUGAUCUCAAUGUAAUUAAAGUAGGAUCGUUGUCCAAACCCUUCACACUGUGACACUGCUUUGUCCCACGUAUAUGCUUUAAAAAUACAUUUUAUUUUUUAAUGUUGAAGCACCUGUUUCACCCUUUAGAGACCAGAACCAAUUGAGUCAAUCAUCAAUAUUCAUUUAUAUCUCACUUUUUUAUUCUUCAUAAUUAAAAAAAAGUUCUGUAAACCAAGAAAAAUGUUAUAAAACGGGCAAACUAGUUUAUAUGGGCACACCCCCACCCCUUUAAAGUACCAGUUCAGCAACAGCACCCAUUAAAUCUAAAUCCAUCCACCCUAAUUUUCCUUUGAGGUUGAGAAAAAAAAUAUUUGCUUAUGUUUUGAUACAAAUAAAUUAAUACAAAAAACAGGAAAAAAAAGUAUACAGCAAUGCACAUAUUUUGUAAACUACUUUAUUGUGCUGACAUGUUUAUUCAUAGGCUUUUUUCAAAAUGCCACGCUUCAAAUUCAAGUCAUUUUUUGUGUCGACUGGAUUUCCUCCUAGAGCACAUGAAGCUUCAUGAAGCAUUGCUCUGGAGUUAACCAAUUGGAUGAAAGGCUUCAAUGCUUCAUGAAGCUUCAGAUGCCCAUCACUAGUCAGGAAGCUGGCCAGGGUCAGAGCACAGGAGCGAUUCAAGAGGCAAAUAAAACAGGCAGGGGUCAAAACACGGAGAGUCAACAGGGAAUCAAUGCUCGCUGAAUACAAGAGGACAAAAUAAGACUUGACAUGGAGCAGAGUGGAGAGCAGGAUUACAUCUUAGUGAUUAACAUGAAUGGGGAACUACCAUAGACUGUAUAAGAACUACUGGUGAACUACUGGCAGUGGCAGGUGCAUGAUGGGAAAUCGGGUAAGGAAGUAAAUCAGGUUCAGUCAGUAAUCUGGAGAGGGUCCCCUCUGGUGGUCGGAGGAGGACAUGAGUCCUGACAAUGAUCAAAUAAAGUCACAUAAUGUAACUAAAGUAUAUAAAUACAUAAAGUUUUAACUGAUCAUCUUGUUUUCAUGUGAAGCUUAUCUGACGGUUUAUAUUUUGUUGUGCUUCUACCAUAUGUGAAUUGAUCAUUAAAUCCUUUUGUCACAC